GCACAACAUGCUUUACCUUCAAUGAAAGCUGAGACUGAGGUACGGUUUAUGCUGGACCUGAAAUCAGCGCAGUUCUCCGUCUGCGUUCUUACACCUGAUCCUGUUUUCAUUUACUGAUUCAAUCACAUUUAGACCUGCAACUUAUAAAAAUACAGACACCUUGGAUAACGUAUCUUCCCCUCUUGCUGUAACUGGUGUCAGGGUGAUGGUAUCAUUUUCUUGCAGAGGACUCAGGUGAUGGUAUGUGUUUUUGGAGAUAGGGACCGCUUUAGGAAACGCGUUAUUUUUUCCACAGCUGUUAUUUUUUCGUUUGCUACGUUUCUUUUGCCUCAAGCAUGGCACUCUACUCUCGAUUUGUGAUCGUGCUGCUUUACGGAUGGAGUUAUUUGUGCGUUGGAUUCUGCGCUAUGCUGAAAACGGACAAUAUCCCCGAGAGACGAAAGGUGGAUUUUACGCAUUCAGUGGAUAAAAAGUACACUACAAAGGAAGACCGGGACACGCUUUUACAGGAUACAAUGACGGAGCACAUGCAGAUGCUUUACGCGAAGUACAACAGUGCUGGAUUUCCCUUCAAGGACGGCAACACUGUUCGUAGUUUCAAAGCGCACUGGGGUACUAUAAACAAGAAACAGCUGCAGAUUUUCAACCUCACCUCCCUCACCAAGUCAGAAGACAUCCUGUCGGCUACUCUUCAUUAUUACAUUGGAGACCUUCAGAACAGCACCCAAGGCUGCUCCAAAAGCUGCGCUCGCCACGGUCCCAGGAGGCACAGCCACAUCCACAUGGUCAUCUGGAGUUUUGCCUCUGUGGAUAAUAAGAUGAGGACUUUAGGACAUUUUCGGAUCAAUGUGUCCACCCUCUACAGGGACUUCAUAUCUUGGCAGUGGAAGGACAUAACUCGUGUGGUCAACCAGGCCAAACACCACGAUGAGCUGCUUAUUGGCAUCGAUGUGGCUUCACAAGGCUCCCAGCCAUGGAAGAAGCUCCUGUCAGACCGCUCACCCUACAUCCUGGUCUAUGCCAAUGAUUCUGCCAUUUCAGAGCCUGAAAGUGUGGUAGCCACUCUCCAGAGGCACCACUCAGUGAGAGGUGAGGGCUCCAUUUCACACGGGUUCCACAAACUGGGAUUGCAAGAGCAAAAUGACACCAAAGGACAGUCACAGCCCAGACAUAAGCGCUCAGUGAAUGUUCUCCUACCACUGCAAAAUAAUGAACUUCCCGGUCCUGAGUAUCCAUAUGAGACGACUGGCUGGGAUGAGACGAGUCCAUAUGAACCGUUUGAAAACAAACAGGCACGUCGGCCGCGCAAAAAGACACGCAAGAAUCAGCGGCACAAGAUGCCCUUGCUCCAGUUUGAUGAGCAGACAAUUAAAAAGGCGCGAAAGAAGCAGUGGAACGAGCCCAGGAACUGUGCUCGGAGAUACCUGAAAGUUGACUUUGCUGACAUUGGAUGGAGCGAAUGGAUUAUAUCACCCAAGUCGUUUGAUGCCUACUAUUGCUCAGGGUCCUGCCAGUUCCCCAUGCCAAAGGCUCUGAAGCCAUCUAACCACGCCACCAUCCAGAGCAUAGUGCGGGCAGUGGGCGUCGUCCCAGGCAUCCCUGAGCCGUGCUGUGUCCCCGAGAAGAUGUCUUCCCUCAGCAUCCUCUUCUUUGAUGAGGACAAGAACGUGGUGCUGAAGGUCUACCCCAACAUGACGGUGGAUUCCUGCGCCUGUAGAUAGUUUCUUUUUCUUCCCAGGCCUCAUUGCAUACACCUCAUGUCACAAAGAGAAGUUCAAAAAAUAAGAUACAACCAAAAAGAUGCUCCUGCAGUCAUACACUCACUCACAUACAAACAUCAACUGAACGCAACUUCCCUUUUGCACUGGAGGAGAGCAGCAGGCGCUCCAGGUGACGAUGAGACUGUUGCUGGGAAGAAAUGGAUCAUGUGAGUUAUCCUAGUAAAAGAUGUAUUUUAAUGUAUUUAUCAUUGCUGCUCAGUUAUUAGUUGGGCGAUGGCAGGGUGGACGCAAUCACAAACCCACUAUCAAGACAUACAAACAGCAGCUGAGACCGAAAAGAGACAAAAACUGAAGGAAAAUAUUCAUUUUUCAGAAAAACAAAAUCUGCCUAUGAGGGAGGGUGUCGGUCUCGUCUUUCUCUCCUUCAUAGUUUGAAGUUGUCACCACCAGGUCACCUCUGCUCUCACAUGCAUGGUUUUUGUUACUAUGUGUAAGUAUUUAUGUCUGUACUAUCACUGUGUUAUUCACCAUACGAGAAGUUAUUGUAUCAUUUUUUGGCUUGGCUGCUAUAAAGGGUUAUAUUAGAUUCCAAAGCCAGAAUUAUGACGUAGACUUUAGGUUGCCUUACAUGUUUAUGUUUAACUGUUGUUUUUUAGAGUUUAUUAUAGGUGGAAGAGUAAGCUACAUUUUUGUUGAGACAUGUUCAGCUUCAAAAAAAUUAAAAAAGCUUUAUGAGUAAACCUCAUAUGUGAGGCCAAAAGUGCAAAAAUCAGUGAUCAAUGAUCAAUCAGCUGACGGAUGUUUCUGAUAUACUCUUCUGGAAACUGUGGUGUGAGGUCUUGGAGGUGGAGACAGCCAUUCUCUGGAUAAAACAUUUCAGGUGGCGCUUGCUGAACAAGGUAUCUGGCUGCCGUUAAAACCCGGCAGAAGAUGCACAUUUGUAUGCAUCUUCUGCCGGGACCCUUUCUUCUCCUCACCAGUGUUACUGAGGACCAGAAACAGGUGGGGCUCAGCUGGAAGCAUUCGGGGUGAAGACUCGGUGAGGAGCUACAGGACGGCUCGCAGCUCUGAGCACCGAUUGGUGGAUGGUUUGAAAUAAAUGAACCAGCAGCAACUAUCAGGUCAAAACGGUGCAGUAAACUGCCGGCAGCAAAACCAAAGUCACGGUUGUAUGAUUCAGUUAAAUACUCUCCUCCCAAAAUGUUGCACCAUAAAGGAAAACUCCUACAAAUAUGUGCACACUAAGGCCAGCUGUAUAAACAACAGUGUCAUCUGAACAUCCACAUGGUAGUUUUCUUUUCUUUCCGAAACAGGGCUUCCAGUUGGUGCAGAGCAGUAGUAAAUCUUUCCUUAAUUUAGAGAGAUAAGGGAUGAAGUAUUGAAGGAAAAUAAAGGCAUGAAACAAAGUGUUAACUCCUACUUCAUGCUUACAGGUCUCCCGUGCUCCUAAUUUAUGCUCAGAGAAAUAAU